AUGCUCAAUAUCAAAACCACAGUUAUCAUACUAUCAAUAAUCUUUGGUCAAACAGCUUUUUAUCUAAAUUUGCAACUUUUGUACUCGAUUUUCUAUUCGAAAACUAUCGUUUUAAAGUCGGAUUUGUCACUUUUCAAUUACAUUUUUGCGGUUGGCAUGAUUGUUCCGUUAAGUGUGUCCCUCAACCAGUUGACUAUGUUGGUUUACCAAUACUUUGAUGAAUUCACAAUCAAAACUUAACUUUUUUCCUGUUAUGGCCUUAACUUUUUUCCUGUUAUCACAUUUGACAGAACUGUGGCUUCAUGUUUUCCGAUUCUCUACCACAAUUACAAGCACAAAGGGCCAAAUUUCAUUAUUCUAUUUUGUGUAUUUUGUUCAUCCUUUAUCAAUCAAUAUAUACUAUUUGUAUAUUGCAAUUUCGUUCUGGAUAUUCCUUUAGAUUGUGUUAAUUUCAAGUGUGCAACUGGUGAAUGUUACUUUAAUUAUUGGCUAACACAUGAAAAUGUUUUUAAUGUGAUGAUUGGUAUUUUGUCGGUGAUUAUAUUUAUUCGUUUGUUUAUUUGGAAUCAUAUGGUGGAGAAGGAGAAAAAUAAAGGUAUUUCGAAAGCCACUCGCAUUGCACUUCUCGACUUUCUAGUUGUAUUGUUUACAAACAUUAUUCCAUCGUAUUUAUUUCUCUUUUUUCCACAGUUCAAUUUCGAUACAGUUGGACCUGUUGUGGCAUUGUUCAAAAAUGUCGGAUUUGCGCUCGAAACAUUGAUAAUUAUGAAAGCGCUUGGAAAAAGAAAAAAUGAAUCUCAAGUAGUUGCAUUUGUUUGCAAUUUUGUUUUGGAUAUUCCUUUAAAUUGUGUCAAUUUCAAAUGUGCAACUGGAAAAUGUUACUUCGACUAUUGGCUGACGUACGAUUACGUAUUCAAUAUUAUUAUCACAAUAUUUUCAGUGGUGAUUAUUAUCAGGCUUUUCAUUUGGAAUCAUUUUGUGAAAACCAAAACUUGUAAAGUGAUUGCAAGAGCCACGUGGAUAGCUCUUCUAGACUUUGCUAUAAUUUUAUUGACCAAUAUAAUUCCCUCAUUUGUAUUUCUCAAUUAUCCACAAUUCAGUUUUGAAACCGUUGGUCCUAUGAUUGCACUUUUCAAGAAUGUUGGAUACGUCGUUGAGACCAUAAUAAUAAUGAAGACACUUGGAAAGAAUAACCAAAAAGUUGUACUUCCAGUGAGGCUCUCUUCAAAUCUGUCAUAA